ACUUUAUUUUGAAAAAUUUUUGUCUAAUAAUUUUUUUUCAAGCUACAGUACCUUUACAUUUAAAAAAAUUAUCAAAAUUUUCAAUUUUAUAUAAUUCAGGAAUGAAGAGAGUGCAAACAAUUAAAAGACAUUUUAAUUUUCAUCUUUUUUCUUUAAAAUGCAUUUUUGAAAAUUUCUCUACAUUUUUUUUUAGAUUACGAAGUUGUUAGUAUUUUUUGGCCUAACUUUUGGCCUAUACUUUAAAUUAAGAUUUUAAUAUCUUAUCAAAAGAAAGUAAGCAAUAGUUUCUUCUAUUUAAAACUAAAAAAAAACCUCUUUCAGUUAUAUCUUUAUUUUUAAGAGACACAUAAAAAGAUACUUGGAAACUUCAGUUGCACAAUAACGCUUUUUAUUAAGUAUUCAAUAUCAUAGUUAUACGUUUUCUGUUAAGUGCACUAUAGAUAUGUAAUGAGUGUGUUGAAAAUAUUUAAAUCCAUUUAGACAGCAAUAUUAUGAGUUGCAUCAGCAAACACUGGAGAUUAUCCAAUAGCAAGACGAUUUAUAUUUAUCAUCAUACAUCAUCAGAGUAUAUACACAAUAUGCAACGUUGAAACACGUGCCACGUCCAAUCCGCGUGGACUUAGUAAGCACGCAAUGACUUGGUUUUUAUUAUUCUCAUGAAUUAUUCACGCGUUAUGGUAAUCAAAGUUUUAUUUUUCUCGCGAAGGCUUGCAUACAGUUUCUAAAACAUUGUUACGCAUAGUAUUUUUCCAUUGCACACACGCGACCUUCACAUCGCAUCUAACGAAAUUCAACACCGCGCAGAUAUAAAUAGAAUUCUACGCAGAGAAGAGAGUACACGGUCUAACUAGAAUUUAACUGUAAAACUUGGAAGAGAACACAUUUGACCGUAGAGAGAGAGAUACUCUUCGGGGAGAACCGUAGGGAGAGUUCGCAAGGAGGAGCAGCGCGAGGAGAGGCGCCUGCCUCUCUUGUCACUUCUUAUCGUGUUUGUUUUAUCUACUAAAACAUAUAUAUGCGCGGCGCGCCUUCCCUGCCCAGCAUUGCAGUCUAACGCGAUCCGUGUCAACGUCCGGCAGGCGCGCGCGGACCCGUCCGUCCGAUUGGAUUAGAGAUAAUCACGGAUCUCUUCUGAGCGAGUCCAUGAUAUUGACCCAUUACGGAAGAACGGAGUGAAACCCGUGAUGACCCAGCGGUGAAGGUGACGCGAGGCGGGCUACCUGUCUCCUCCUCCGUCCGUCUUCUCAGUGCGGCUCAAGGCAUCGGCGAUCGCGCACGGCCUCUCGACCAGAGAAGGGGAGAAGAAGAAGAAGAAGAAGAAGAAGAAGAAGAAGAAGAAGAAGAAGAAGAAGAAGUGUCCGGAAGCGGCGGACCACCGUGUCCGGUCCCGGCCGAAAUAGACCGAAACUACGCACGUUGUGUUGUUAUAGAUGCGAGGAAGACAGCGGCGAGCUGCUGCUGCUGCUGAUGAUGAUGAUGGCCCGGCUACGGCGUACCGUGGAAUAUUUCAGAAUACGCGCAGAGUCAACGACGCGGUAGAGCAGAACGGGACUUAUCCCCGCCGUCCGUAGCCCGCGGCGGAAAUGUGUUUGUGCAUGUUCCGGUUUCAAUGAUAAAUUUAAUCCCGGAAAAACGCAUUUUUAUCGCGAGGCAUUGCCAGUAAUUGCUGGCGCAACACGCGAUCAGCACGCGACGGCCGCGAGGAGGAGCGAAUUUCCUGCUGAAUCGUCUCGUUAAUUCGUAGCGGAGAAUCUGGAGUAACUCGGAAGACCGACGAGACGCGGACCCGCUCCGGCUGUAUCGGGAGAAGAGAAAGGACGAAGAGGACCAUCGCGAAGAAUGUCGGUCGGCGCGAUUCGAAAACACGCGCCUCGAUGCAUAAUACACAAGCUGAAUUUACAGCGUACCAAUAAACAUUAGAAAUAAUAAUAAUAAUAAUAAUAAUAAUAAUAACAACAAUAAUAAUAGUCGGUCAUAAUAGGAUGUCUUUUUAAUUACACGGAAAAAGAAAUAAAAACGACUUAUAUACGCUGACUGAUUAGAAGAAUAAGUAAUUUAGAUAAAUAAAUAUAUAUGUAUGAAAAAGAAGCAAGGAGAAAAAAUAAAAUAGAGAGCUAUCGGCCUUUGAUCUCGGAAGAUGUAUUCUUCGGCGCUCAUCAGUAAGACGUGCCUGGCGUUGCUGUUCCUGCUGUACUUCGCCGGGAUGGACUUGCUGCUUUACUUCCGCGUGCAGAACUACGACGUACGUCCGUCCGUGAACGACACGCGAGCCUCACCGUAUCGUUCGCCGAUCCUGUGCGACCUGAAUCCGAUUUGCACGGUGACGGUGAAGGCCAUGACGUUGGACCACCCUAAUCACUACGUCCUGAGCCCCCUGGCGUCCUUGGUGGACCAUGUGCUGGGCAUCAGCCGCUCCUGGACGUGGCUGACGCCGAACGCCAUCAGCGUGUCUCACGUUAUAGUGGCUGUAAUUGGAGCUCGCUACGUCACCCGGAGUUCCCUUUUUCACAGACGAGUGGGUGUCGUGUUGUUCCAAGUCAGAGCCUGGCUGGACGAUCUGGACGGCCACGUGGCCAGAACGAGGCUCAAUAUUAAAGGCGAAAGAUCGGACGUCGGAUCUAUCGGCUACCUCGUGGACGGCGCUUGCGACGGCCUCGGCUGCAUCGCCCUCACGGUCGCGGUGUUUCUCUUCCUCAGGCGCAACUCUAAUCACCGCAUCGGAUACGAGCGACUGCCCAUUCGAACGUUAUCGUUGUCGUCAUCGUCGUCCCACAGUUCUGUUUUGACCUCGACCUCGCCCUGGAAAUCACCUCUCUAUAACAUGCUGAUGGUGGGACUCCAUCUUUCCCUGACGAGCAUCGCCUGGAACCGAUACAUUUCCGUGUACCAGGACCUUCUGGAGUCCGACGUUUCCUUGAAGAUUGGCCGAGAGGAUCUCUACGAUAGGCAGACCGCCGUCUUCCGAAGUCCCUCCUUUUGGGCCAUCGCCCUCGCGUGGAAGAUCUUCAACUUCCACGCGAUGAUGGACUAUAUGCUUCUGGCAAUAUUUCUAGAUCGCAUUUGGGAAUACGUCAGAUUCGCGUGGUGGCAGCUACCUAUGGUGCUGUUUCUGCUUAUCAUUAUCAGCGAGCUUCACUACACGUACACUUACGUGGAAAUAUUGUCGCUGAACGAGAGCUUGCGAUUCUCUUCGUACGCAUUUCUUGAUUCAUAAGUUUUCUAUUCCUUCUUAAUAUUAUUUGUUGUCAGCGUGCGCUUACAUGAUUCCAAUAGUAGAUACUUGAUAGAAGAACUUAUUUCUUUCAAUUAU